AUGACGGGGUCGGAGGAGGCCUUCGCGGAGCUCGAUCGCUCUGUCUCUGUGAAGGUACGCUUCGCCCAUGGCUCGGUGGUGGACAUCCGCGGGCGCGGCACCGUCAUGUUCGCCGUCGAUGGGGGUGACCAUCGAGUGUUCAUAGAGGUGUUCUACAUACCUGCACUGAAGAGCAGAGUCGUGAGCCUUGGCCAGGUCGACAAAAGCUGGAUCGAUAUCGACAUACGCCGAGGCAUGCUCACCGCCCGUGACCACAGACGGCGCAUCCUGUUUAAGUAUGUCUUGCCGCGGGCCAUGUGUCAGAUGCGUGGCGCUGGCAUGCGCGACUCAGGCAUCUCCAAUUCGAUGGGCUGCAGAGAAUGGCGCGUGGCGGGCUUGUUCGGGGCCUACCGCACAUCGACCAUGCCAAUGAGCUCUGCGGGGCCUGCCUUGCUGGGAAGCAGCGGCGACUGCCUUUUCCACAGAAGGCACACUACAGAGCACAGAAGAUGCUCGAGCUCGUCCACGGAUGAAGCAGCGAAGGCCAUCGUCAAGAUCCUAGCCACAACAGAGGUGGAGUGUGGGUACAAGAUCCAUGUGCUACGCACGAAUCGCAGGGGAGAGUUCACCUCUGCCACGUUCUACCAACAUUGCGCCGAGACGGGUGUGCAGUGCCAUCUCACCGCGCCGUACACGCCACAACAGAACGGCGUGGCUGAAAGGCGAAACCAGACCGUGCCGGGAAUGGCGAGAAGAAUGCUCAAGGCCAAGAAAGUUCCGAGCAUGUUUUGGGAGAAGGCGGUGCUCACAGCCGCUUUCAUCCUCAAUCGCUUGUUCACAGGAAGUGUCGAUGGCAAGACGCCAUACGAGGCCUGA